UAGAAUACCAUGCGAGCGAGUAUAAUCAUCAUUUUGGCUUUUGCCGCCGGAAUGAUCGUAGCGACACCUAGAAAUCGUAAUUAUUCCCAGUUUGUGAUACAUCCUGCGAGACUGCGGGUAAUUCGAGGAUUUAAACCAUCGCGUCUGUCCACCGCUUAUGGUUUCGGAAAAAGGCAAAGUACAGAUGAUCUUUCAAAAAUCAAUAAAAACGAACGGAUUUUAUUUACGCUUCUACGGUAUUUCCCACAAGGAAUAUCCGUAGAAUGGUUACUCCAACAAAUGAAAACAAAUCCAGCCUUCGCUACGAGAGUGACUCGAUUACUAAUGGAUGGACGUACUGAUUUAAUGUCGAUGAUAGAUCGUUCUAAUUCUGAAGGAAGAACUUGGCUGUCGUAAAUAAUUCAAUGAACAAAUGAUGUAUACAAUUUCUAGCUAUAUAAUAUAGUUUAAUAAAUCUGCGACGUUA